AUGACCAAUGGCAUGUUAAUGGCUUUUCGUCGACAGAAUCUUUCCAUCAUUGUCAUUUCACCUGCAUUUACUCAAUGUUAUGAUGGAACAUCGUUAGGUUUAUUAGAAUUCUAUGGUCAAUCGCCAUCAAAAAAUAAUUUAUUUUGUCAAAUAUUUCAAAUCUGUGAUCCGAUCGAUCGAGAAGAUCCGAAUGGAAAAGGUUGGUUCGUAACAAAGGACGGAUUUUCCUUUACACCUGAUUUGUUGAAUUUCGAUGAGCGAAUGCCAAACCUGGUUUCAUAUCUCGACUAUGACAAACUAAUCAAUCGAACAGUAAAUCCAGUUGAAUGGUACUUUCCAAGUCGUUCAUGGAACGACCGCAAAGCUUUCGCUCGUAUCGACCCGUGUCCUCAAGCAGGUUCGAAUCGCACCGCGAACUUAAUGUCCGAUUAUGUCAAAUACAUUUCGAUCAUGAAUCAAAAGUUCAACUCAACAAAAAUUCCCCAAAUUCAAAUCAAUUGGA